UCAAUUCUAACGUCUAUACUCUCAUUACAGCCUUCAUGAUAGACCCUACUUUCCAGUGUUUCCACAUGCUUUUGUCAAAUUGUUAUCAAAUUCGACUAAACACUUUCGUUUCUAUAAGAAAUCAGUUGGCAAUUGAGCUACAAUAGUUAAUGAUAAAGCGAAUUCCACACUGGAUACAACUACACCUACUGUUCCUAGUAUAAGAAGACCACUCAACAGAUAACCUCAAUUCCUCCAUCAAACCAUGGAUUCUUCAUCAACGUUAUCCAUUGUUCUUCUUUUCUGUAUUCUUACUCUACUAUCUAUCUCACCAUUCAUUUCUUCAUCUCCAACUACUAUCAUACUUCCUCUUGAGAAAAUAACUAACACUCAGACCCAAUCUUCAUUACCAACAGAUCCAUGGAAAACACUAAACCAUCUUGCUUCUACAUCAUUAAUAAGAGCUAAUCAUCUCAAAAAUCCACAUAAAAUUACUCAUAUUUCAACACCAGUAUACCCACAAAGCUAUGGUGGGUACUCUGUUUCACUUACUUUUGGUACUCCACCACAAUCCAGUAUCCCUUUUGUGCUGGAUACUGGUAGUAAUUUAGUUUGGUUUCCUUGUACUGACCAUUAUAUUUGUCAAAAUUGUUCCUUUUCAUCAUCAUCAUCACCAAAAUCAAAUUCUAUUCAAUCUUAUAAACCCAAAUUAUCUUCAUCCUCAAAACUGAUUGGAUGUCAGAACCCAAAAUGUAGUUGGAUUCAUCACGGCUCUGGUGAUGAUAUCCAAUCUAGAUGUCAAGAGUGUGCACCAGGUGUAACGAAUUGUGCACAAAUUUGUCCACCUUAUUUAAUGAUCUAUGGUUCUGGUUCAACAACUGGGCUUCUUCUCUCCGAAACCUUACAUCUCAAACCAGAAAGAGUUCCAAAUUUCGUCGUCGGAUGUUCACGUUUCUCUCUUCGGAUACCGACAGGAAUUGCCGGAUUCGGCCGAGGUGAGGCUUCGUUACCGAGUCAACUCGGUGUCAACAAGUUCUCUUACUGUCUUCUUUCUCACCGGUUUGAUAACACAGAGAAGAGUACUCAGCUCGUUUUACAUACCGGAUCAGGUUCCGGUGAUACCAAAACAACUGGUGUUAAGUAUACUCCGUUUGUUAAGAACCCGACCGGAUUUUCUGUUUAUUACUACGUGGGUUUAAAGAAAAUUACCGUUGGAGGUAAAAAGGUAAAAAUUCCAUACAAUUUUUUGUCACUAGGAGCUGAUGGUAAUGGUGGAACAAUAGUUGAUUCUGGCUCAACAUUUACGUUCAUGGAAGGAAGAAUUUUUGAGUUAGUAGCUAGUGAGAUAGAGAGCCAAGUGCGGCAGCAUUACAGACGAGCAUCGGAAGUCGAAAUAAUUAGCGGAUUAAAACCAUGUUUCGAGUUACCGGAAAAUCACAAGGGAAUGAAGAUAGAAUUACCCAGACUCUCUUUUCAUUUUAAAGGAGGAGCUGAGAUGGAAUUGCCAUUAGCUAACUAUUUUUCAAUCGUUGGUAACAGCCAAGUUGUUUGUCUUACCAUUGUAACAAAUAAUGCUGACACUACUAGAGGAGAAGGACCUUCAGUAAUUUUGGGGAAUUUUCAACAACAGAAUUUUUACAUCGAGUAUGAUCUUGAAAACAAACGAUUUGGGUUCCGACAACAAACUUGUAAGUGAAAACAAUAUGUUUCACACUAUUCAUUUCCAAAUUUAACUUUGUAUUAAAGAUUACAUAACUUUCUUUCUGUGUAAAUGUGACACAAAGAAUGUAUUUAUAGUAUAUGAUUUGAGGACA